GUAUUUAAGCAAUUUGUUCCGUCGGAUUAGAUUCUUUUAAUUUGUAUCUAGAUUAUUAUUAUUAUUUUUCGAUUUUAGGGGAAGGACAAAGGGGAUCAUUUCAUAUAUCAAUUCAAACUAGAUAGAAGAAUUUUAAAACAUAUAGAAUAAAUGGCUGGAAUAAUGAAUAAGUUGAAGAAAUUAGACGCCUAUCCUAAGAUCAGCGGGGAUUUCUACAACCGUACACUUUCCGGUGGCAUUAUCACCCUCGUCUCCUCCGUUGUUAUGUUAUUGCUCUUCUUUUCCGAGCUCCAACUCUAUCUUCAUGCUUUCACUGAAACAAAGCUUGUGGUUGACACUUCAAGAGGGGAAACUCUACACAUCAAGCUUGAUAUCACUUUUCCUGCUCUUGCAUGCUCAAUCCUCAGCGUUGAUGCAAUGGAUAUAAGUGGAGGGCAACACCUUGAUGUGCAUGCAGAAACAUGAUAUAAUCAAGAAUCGGUUAGAUGAACAUGGUAAUGUUAUAGAAUCAAGACCAGAUGGAAUUGGUGCCACCAAGGUU